UCCCUCUCGUCAGAGGAGUAGACAAUGUCCUCAUGCAGCACUCCAGCCUUCUCAUGUUGCAAUGAAUCUCCUUCGCGCAAUAUUCUAUCUAGCCAAGGAGAGGCGCUGUAAUCACAGAUGACGAACUACCUCUAGUUGUUGGAGGACUAUGGUGUAAAAUCUUUCAAUUAGUUAUAUUUCGAUAUAGUUCAAAUGUUGGGAGAUUUGGUCGAUUGCGCAAUUAACAACUUAACCGGAGGAUGCACCAAAACCAAAGGUUAUAUUGUUGUUGAGGACAGUGCCGUUUUAUUCUGACUGACUGGUUAGCUGCUAGCCAACAGUUGGAGUUGCUAGCUACCCAGCUAGCUAAUCUUAAAAAGUCACGUCUCCAGCUGGCCUGCUAACCUAAUUUACGUUAACAUUUAUUGUAAGGGAUAUAUCUCGCUAGUUUAGUGUUUUUCAAUGCGUUGUUUGUUUAGCCUUUGUGCAACCAUAUAAAUUGGGUUUCUGGGUGUUUUAUUAUAAGGUUAGCUUGCUUGCUAGCUAGCUACGAAUAGUCACUUGCAGUAACUGGAGUCAAAAGUCUGACUUCAUUUAACAAAAUGAGAUAGAAGGAAGACACCAAGUACAUUUCCCGCUGAUUUUAGCGGCUCUGAAUUGGAUCGAAAGCUUUGUGUGUGAGGCCUGCAGGUCGGGCUUUCACCGAGCUAGAUUAGGACCGUACGCCGCCUGUGAACACUCUUAGGCCGACAGCUCGCGCUGCUAGGCUGGAGGCCGGGGAUUUCAACAAAUGGAACGAAUGGAAGUGGACCAGUGCGCAGGCGCAACUACCGGGAGCGGAGGAGGGGCCCUUCGUAGAUCGAACAGCGCCCCCAUGAUCACAAGUGUCAGUGAUGGUAUGACAGUGUUCAGUCCAACUAGUUCAGUCCGGUAUCGGCGGAGCAGUGUCUCUGUGAAUCCCAGUUGCCCUUAUCGGGCCGUCCCCUUGUCCCCUUUCUCAUUGGGUGGUGAGAGACCAGACCACAAAAGGCAGGUUGAGAAUAUAGAGAUGACACUCAGGGGGAGUCUUCAGAGACUAAGUGCUUCCAACCUGGUCCCUCCUCCUGUCAGUCACUGGCAUGACCAUUCAUCAGGGGGAUUCCAUUCACAGGACAGUGGUGUCACACCCAAUUCGUCCCCUAGUCCAACUCGAAGGUUUAGGGGGCCUACAGUCAGUUCUACUGUGAGAUGGCCUGCCCUGACUCCACUGAAAAGGAAAGGAGGUGUGGAGUCUGAUGGCCCGCCCAAGAAGCUGUUUGUUGCCGGGGUAACAGAACCUGCUCACCGGACUAGUUACACAGUCAGUGUGUCCCAGGCAUCAGCAGACUCUCCUACAGGUGGUGUGUCUGUGUGUGAUGCCAGUCCCCAGGGUAGUCCACUGUCCCUGUCUCCUCCCCCCUCUUACCAGCCCAACAUCUAGACACCCCAACACUAGGAGCCUAUCAUAGACCAGGACUACAGUCAGCCUGUCAGGGCCCUGGAUCCCUCUCAACACAGCCCCACCCACUCGGUCCACCUACAGAGCCUGGGAAUCAACUCAGACCUGAGCCCUAGGACCAUGCCUCAGGACUACUUGGCAUGAUGACUCCUUGCUGUCCCCAGUCCACCUGGCUGUGCUGCUGCUCCAGUUUCAACUGUUCUGCCUGUGAUUAUUAUUAUUUGACCAUGCUGGUAAUUUAUGAACAUUUGAACUUCUUGGCCAUGUUCUGUUAUAAUCUCCACCCGGCACAGCCAGAAGAGGACUGGCCACCCCUCAUAGCCUGGUUCCUCUCUAGGUUUCUUUCUAGGUUUUGGCCUUUCUAGGGAGUUUUUCCUAGCCACCGUGCUUCUACACCUGCAUUGCUUGCUGUUUGGGGGUUUAGACUGGGUUUCUGUACAGCACUUUGAGAUAUCAGCUGAUGUACGAAGGGCUAUAUAAAUUAAUUUGAUUUGACUUGAUUCAUGAUGAUGACUGCUAGCUAAGAUUUUGAAAGUAUGAUGUUGACAUGAUCAGUCCAAUCAAAACUUCUGUACAUAUAAUAUGAUUUGAUGUCAUUUUAUCUGUGGCCAAUGACCUUGAGCCUUCUUGGAUGGGCACUUCUAUGACGGUAGCCAAAGGGCUUGAAUUUUCAAUGUCUCCUCUUACACAUGGCAGUGACGUAAAGUCCCCAUGAGUGACAGAAUACUGAGCCAAUCCCGACGCCACUCCCUGUAUUUUCUGCCGGCUUGCCCCACCACCACAGAAAGCACUGACUGAGCUAGGCUAAAACACCUGCAUUUUGGAGCUGCCUUACUCAAGAAAAUAAAAAAAGAGACCAUG